UUUAUUUGGGGGAAAAUAACUGGCUGUUGGAGAGAGAGAGAGAGAGAGAGGUUUACUUUUCUCGGGAUUCUAGGGUUUGUUGGGGAGAAGGGUAAGGCCAGGGUGACUUGACGGAGCAAGGAAGGCAUUACAGGCGCUCGUUCGAUCCCCCGAAUCCAUCUAUCAGCUUCGGUCAUCCCGAGGGCUGUUGAUGAUGCUUUCGAUCUUCCGGCAUUGCUUUUCUGAUUCGCUUCGUCCAGAUCACGCCUCUCGCCGAUCGGAACUCCUCCGGAUUUGUUGUUGAGGAAUUGGAAGCUCAUCAAGACAGGAAUCGUGUCCGUUGCUGGAGGAACGCUAAUGAGACGCAGUAGUAGUGCGUGAUGUGAAGGAAGCUGUACCUUUGAGGAGCUUUAAGUUCAGACGUGUUUCAUUUUAAUUGGAGGCAUGUACAUUGAGGAAUUGGAAGAGGAGACUUUACCGGACCAUCAUGAUGGCAAGCAACUAUUAGAUGUUUCAAAUUAUACGGUUGUCCAAUCAACUGCCAAAAGAAUCCUGGUUGGGGCAGGUGCCCGUUUCUUGUUCUAUCCAACUCUUUUAUAUAACAUCUGCCGGCACAAGAUCGAGCCAGAUUUCCAUUGGUGGGAUGAGGUUGAUCAGUUUGUAAUUUUAGGUGCUGUCCCAUUUCCCAAGGAUGUUCCUCAUUUAAAACAAUUGGGCGUUCAAGGAGUCAUUACACUCAAUGAGCCUUAUGAAAUGUUGGUCCCUACUUCUUUAUAUCAAAUUCAUGGCAUUGACCAUCUAAUGAUUCCCACAAGAGAUUAUUUGUUUGCCCCAUCUUUUGUGGACAUAUGCCAAGCUGUGGACUUCAUUCAUAAAAAUGCUUCUCGUGGAAAAACAACGUAUGUACACUGUAAAGCUGGUCGAGGGAGAAGCACCACCAUCGUUCUCUGUUACCUGGUUCAACACAAGCACAUGACUCCUGUAGAAGCUUAUCAUCAUGUACGGUCAAGCAGGCCUCGGGUGCUUUUAGCUGCUUGCCAGUGGCAGGCUGUUCAAAAAUAUUACAGGAUGAAGGUGAUGGAGAAGAGAAAUGCCAAAGACGUCAAGCCAACGUUUGCUUCUGCAAAUCUGCUCCAAGUCGCACCAAAAUUUCAGGCCAGCAGGGCCAUCAUGGUGGAUGAUGGCUCGAUUGUCAUGAUCACAGAAUCUGACCUCGAUGGUUACACUGACGGCAGGGGAAGUACAGCAGGAAUAAUCGGCAACGACUUAUUAGCUGAUGCCAGCUUUGUCUGUAAGGUGCAGUUUGCUGGUCAAGCAGCACUGGCAAGACUCUCCUGCAUUUGGCUGCGGUAUCAUGCAGGCGGAGAUGCAAAGUCAGGGGCUUCCAGGAAGGCAGGGUUGACACGGGCAGGUUCGAUCAAGACAAUGGAAGGCAGUUGCUCCGGCGGCGGUGCGGCUGCUGAGCAGCUGGGUGGGAUUGGUGUGGAUAUUCCUGUCUAUUGAGUGGUCCUGCUCCGAAACUUUGAAAGAGGAAUGGUUAAAUGACUGGGGGAGGUCAAACAAAUGUGGGGUUUGGCUAUUCUUCUGUUUAAUCUGUGUUAGGGUUUCGGCAAGUCUAUCAAAGGGGUUUAUUAUUAUAUGUAAUAUUUCCUUUUUCUUUUUGGGUAUUUGAAGGAUAGGAAGAAGUAUUGUACAUGUAUAUCUAUGUUUGAUUUUAUUUUUGACAUUUGGCAAGUGUUGUAAAGAAAAGAUGUAAAGGAAAAAUCUCGCCGUUUUCUAUUA